AUGUAUUUACUUUGCGCUAGAAAGCCGAUCACCCGAUCAUCAGUUAGAUUCUUGACUUUCGAUGCUGCCAAACAACCAAGAAUUAGAAUUGGUUCUACGGCUCCAAACUUUGUGGCCCCCAGUACUGUUGGAGACCUUGACUUCUACAAGUACUUAGGCAAUUCAUGGGGUGUGUUGUUCUCACAUCCUGCUGAUUUCACUCCGGUUUGUGCCACAGAAUUGGGCGAAUUUGCCUCUUUAAAGUCUGAAUUCGAUACCAGAAACGUCAAAUUGAUUGGACUAUCGGCUGACGAUUUGACCAAGCACGUAAACUGGGUCAAAGAUAUUCAAGAUAUCUCUUUGGGCGGUAAGAAGUUUAACUUCCCGAUUCUUUCAGACACGAAGAAGGAGGUGGCAUUCUUGUAUGACAUGGUUACUGAAGAGGCAUUCCGGAAUAUUAACAAGGGUCCAAUUGCCACCAUUAGAUCUCUCUUUAUUAUUGAUCCUACCAAAAAGGUCAGAUUGGUGAUGACUUACCCUCCUUCUGUUGGUAGAAAUACCCACGAGGUGUUGAGAGUGAUUGAUUCUUUGCAGACCGGUGACAAAUUGGGUGUUGUCACGGGAGUCAACUGGAAGAAGGGAGAUGAUGUCAUUAUUCCUCCUUCUCUCAGUGAUGAGGCUGCCAAAGAGAAGUUUGGUAACUUUAAGAAGGUUAAACCAUAUUUAAGGUAUGCUUCUACAAAGAAGUGA